AAAACGUAUGAGAGAGACGAAGAAUAGGGGACCAGAGCAACGUAGCUUUCGCCGUACUGCAAAUGCCCUCUCUCUCUCUCUCUCUGUUGAUUAAAGGCUAUGAUUUCUUCCGCAGACGGGAAAGAGAAACACAUUGACCACCAUUGAACCUUAACCCUUUAGAAACUCUGAACAGAGAAUAGAAACUCUCUCUAUCUUUUCCUCUUUCUGCAACUGAAGAGAUAGAAGUACAGUUUAGUACUUUCUGUCGUCGUUUCUUCAAAUCAAGGUGUUGAAGCUCGGAACGCUUCACAGAUUUGUUAAUAAACUGGACAAGUUUGUGCUUAUCCUGUCAAUGUUGUGGUUGAUUGUCAUUUUUGUAGAGCGGAGGUUCAAAUUGUGCUUGGCGGUGGAAUUGGAUUGAACUUGUUCAAAUUGAGUGAAACGAAUCUUCUAAUGGAGCCAACUGAAGGAAGUCAGGUUAGAUCGGCGAGUUGCGGAGCCAAAUACGAAGACAUCGGAGUCGAAUCACUUCAAUUCGGCGAAGAAAUUAAUCUGUUAAUGUCAAUACAACCACCGGAGACUGGUAGUUCCUUCACCGCUCUUCUUGAACUUCCGUCGAAUCAAGCCAUGCAGCUCCUAGAUUCGCCGGAAACCAACGUUGCUCCGGCUACACUUUCUGGCUACCAAAUUGAACAUCCCAAAACUUACAUGCCAAUUUUUCCGUCGGACACUGCUUUAAUUGACCGAGCUUGUAAGUUCUCUGUCUUUGCGACGACAGAAAAUUCGCCGGAAACGAGCUCAAUUCCGUUGAAUUCGAGAUCAAAAUCGGAUAAGGUGAAGCAAGAACCGGUCGAUUUGGAUUCAAACCCUAAUUCUUCGCCGGCCGUGUCCGAUUCAAUGGUUUUGAAGCAGGAUGAGAAAUCAUCAGCAAAGCGGAAGGAGCGAGAAAAGAAGGGUAAAGAAUCAAACAAGAAGAGCAAAAACGUAGCAAAUGAGAAUUCCCAAGAUGGUGAAAAGCUCCCCUACGUUCAUGUUCGAGCUCGUCGUGGUCAAGCUACAGAUAGCCAUAGCUUAGCUGAAAGAGCAAGGAGAGAGAAGAUUAAUGCAAGGAUGAAGCUACUGCAAGAACUGGUCCCCGGAUGUAACAAGAUUUCAGGUACAGCAAUGGUACUGGAUGAGAUUAUCAACCAUGUACAGUCCCUACAACGUCAAGUGGAGUUGUUAUCAAUGAGACUUGCUGCUGUUAAUCCAAGAACUGAUUUCAACCUUGACAGUCUCUUGGCCGUAGAAGGUGGAUCUGUAAUGGACAGUAACUCGCCGCUGGUGGUCAUGCCGUCAAUGUGGCAAGAAGGACAAAUAAAUGGAAACAGACAACAGUAUCAACAACUAUGGCAUUUUGAUGGACUACAGCAGCCAGUGUGGGUUAGGGAAGAAGACAACAACAACUUCACUGCUGAGAACUCACUUCUAAGUUAUGACUCUUCUGCAAAUUCGGCUCUUUUGCUCCCAAACCAGCUGAAAAUGGAGAUAUGAAGGCAUAUUGAAGCUCUGGUCGUAGCUAGCAGUGUAUAUAUUAGACAUUUUCUUAGCCAAAAGCGUGGAACUACGAGGAGGUCUCGACAUUCAACUUGGGUUUCUAUUUAACAGUCAGAUGGAAAUCCAGAUUUAUCUCAGCUUAGAAAGGAGAGAAGGCAGUAUGUAUUCUGAAAUAUAUGGUAAUACUAACUUAGAGAGUCAUUCAAUCCGAACUUGAUUUAUGAGAUGAUUGAUUGAUUUCGUAAUGUGAAAACAUGAAACAAGUCGACGCUUAUUGUAUUUAUAAUUAUAUUAGGGGGAGCGGCUUUUUUGUCGUCCUUUGCUGUUGUGUAAUACUGGCAUCUCUUCCUGAAAUGGCUGAGGAUGCUAUAAUGGUGAAGGAUAAGCUAUGAUAGUUUGUGGAGACAUCAUGCCACAUUAUGCUUGUUUUGGCUGCAAAUUUUCGGCUGUCUAUACCAUGGUCUUGAAUAAGGCUAAGCCAUAGGUCACUUCAGGAUUGUGUCGGAUCUAAGUCGUGUAUUGUCAAAAUUUGCUUGACAUAUACCUCACGCAUCUAUAAUUGUGUAUGGUUGAUUCUGUAUCACGUUGGGUUUGUGUCGUGUAUAAAUCAUAUUUAGUGCAUGGAGUAUAUUAUGG